AUGGACUCUGCUUCCCUUUCGCUGGCCGUCCGGCUGAUGCUGGAAGACUUGGAUGCUCUAAAGUCCGGAAUAAAGGGCAAGGGCCGGGAAGACGAUGGGCUCCCUGAUAUUGAUAUCGUCACGGAGUUCUUCCGGGAGAAACUCGCAGCGCAGGCCAUUCUUACGUCCGAUCGAACCAUGUGCGAGAGUACUGCUGAGGCCGUGACCAAAGAUGCUGACACAAUCAGGUACCUUGACUCAGAGCAGGCACAGCGGGAUGCUCAGCUCGACGACGAGCUCGUCGACAAGUUGAAGCUCCUCUACCCGAGCUCCCUGAGGCGGAAUCUUCCUCGUGGGGCGCUAACCGCGUUGUCAAGCGGCGGCCAAGGAGGAAUUGCACCGGUGGCGCGUUGUCCCUGCUCUCACGAAUACUGCCGAGGGUGCCUGAAUUCGCUCUUCCAAGCCUCAACUGUUGACGAGUCGCUGUACUCCCCACGCUGCUGCCAGCAGCGCAUCCCCCUGGACCAGAAUCGCAUCUUUCUGACCCCGGACCUGGUAGGCCGCUUCAAGGCCAAGGAGAUGGAGACGUCCAGCAAGGUGUACUGCCACGGCCCGAAUUGCUCCACGUUCGUGUCACCAAGGUUUGUCAACGAGGUCAAAAACACGGCUGUCUGUGUCAGGUGCAACAAGAGGACCUGCACGACAUGCAAGGGGGCAACGCACGCCGGGGAUUGCCCCCAAGAUUCUGGCGUCCAGCAGGUGCUGGAAUUGGCGGCCCAGGAGGGCUGGCAGCGGUGCUACAACUGCUUCCGGCAUGCCCUUGCGGAGCACAAUUUUGCUAUCUCUGUGGCGAGCGAUGGAAGACUUGCGCUUGUCAACAAUGGGAAGAGCGUCGCCUGUAUAGUCGAGCCGCAGACGUCGUCGCCAGAGACCCACAGGCCCGACUUUUGGACCCUCUGGCGCGUGAGGAACGGAUGCGAGAAGCCGCUGCUCAUCUCAGGGUGA